AUGGAGAUGGACGGCGUCUGUGAGGUUGAUCUUGCUAAGUCCACUGAAUGCACGCCAGGAGUCAUAGCACUUCUGGCGCUGGGUGGAUGGGAUGACCAGGACCACCGUGCGCAUUGUAGUCUGAAGGUGAAGCAAUGUGGGCGCUGCAAGUGGGUUUCCAACAAGACCUCUUGGCAAGCCAAACACGGCUGGUUGGAUGCCCAAUAUGACCCAGACUCGCAGAGGUGGGGUGUGGGCUGCAAAUUGUGCGCCAAAGCCAGGCACAACCCAGAGAUCAGCCAACAACUGCCGCCUUCAAAGCAAUUGUUUGGUGGCUAUAGGGUUGUCGACAGCGGUGCUUUGCGGGAAUCUCGCUUCCAGAAGCAUGAGCAAUGUGCUUUGCAUCAAGCUGCUGUGGCGUAUCACAACUCCAAGUUGCCAGAUUCGGCGGCGCCUCCUCACGAGCACUGGCUGAAGGUCCUGGAUGACAUUGACAACUUCAGCGAGGGUGGCAUCAAGGGCAUUGGCUGUAGGAAGAAGGUGUCUCAGAUGCGCUGGUGCCUGGCAGAAGCACAGAGGGACAGGUACAGAGCAGCACUAUUGUCGGCCACCACAGUGACUCUCAAGCAAGACAAGCGGAAAGGAACCAGAUUCAUCAUGCGGUUCAAGUGCUGUGAUUCAAAGUUGCAAGUCACAGAAGGCACUUUGCAGAUGAGAAGGCAUGUCGGUGGGCCUGCCGCAGACGCCUCUGGUGCAGAUGGCCUGCGCUUGGCAACCAUGCAAGGCUUGAAAAGCAUAAGCACACCUGCAGCGCCGCCACACUGGUCCGCCGAAGCACGCAAAGAGGCCGAGAAGCCGGAUUUAGAGAUGUAUACGGCUUUGUGCCAAAAAAUCGAAUGCUUUGCCGCCGACGGUGCCGCCGAUGAGCAACUGGCGGCGAGGGAGCUCGGAGGAAUAACGCUGGGCUUAGCAGGGCCUGACGUAACUCCGUUGUCAUCACUGCAACGAGAUUUGGUGGACACCCUCCCCAACCUCAAGCUGUGCUGCCGCGACAGGGCGCACGCAGCGCAAAGAGUCAUGCUCAAACCAGCAAUGGCCGAUCCGGAUCUCCGCAAAAUUCAGUCAGAGCUGGUGACCAAGACCAAUUCCAUCAGUAAGAUGAUCACUUACUUCCCUACAAUCCAGGAAAUAUGGCUAUCAAACCGAGAUUCUAUGGUUGAUCCGCCAAUUUCAACAGCUGUGCGGAACAUGGCUUAUGCCCCUCAGCGCUACAGCUCUGAGACACAGACGCUCCUCCGGCUGGUGCUGACAUUCCCAGCGACUUUGACGACAAUGGCCCAGGUGAGUAGUUUGCGCGGAAAAAGCGCAGAAGCAGGCCAAGCCAUGCUGCAAAGCCUAGAGUUCUUGACAGAUCCGAAAAUGUGUGUUCUACUUGGAAUGCUGGCAGACGGCCUGCUGGAGCUCCAUAAAAUUGUCUUGCUUUGCGACCAGGCUGAUCUCGAUGAGGCUGAUCUGGGCUUGCAAAUGGAGCAUUACCACGCUGCUUUGAACCGGCUCUUUAUUGAAAAAGGUUGCUUCGCAGUGCCAGGGUGCACAUCAUUGAUGCUGUCGCAUUUGCGAGAGGAGUUUGCGUUUGUUGUCAAUGGCCGCCCC